AUGCCUUUUGGUUUAAUUAUAUGGUUUGUUGCCUUUGCUUUUACCCACGGAAAACAUUUCAAUGGAGGAAGUAUUACGUGGGCUCCUGUUGAUCCAUAUGAUAAUGGUAGUUCAAUUGAUAUUACUAUAACACAGUCUUAUUCAUGGACAUAUCCAUAUGUACAAUGCCAAGACAAUGUACCAAUAUCAACGAGUACAUUCAGUGAUGCUAAUACUAAUUUAUCUUGUGUUGUUGACUGUUCGUCAGAUGGUGGAUAUUCUUAUGCGCCCAUCGAUAUUCUUACGAAUUGUACAUCAGCUAGUUCAUCAUUGAACAUGAUGACAAGUGAAGCAACAAAAACAAAAACACUUUCUUCUGGAGCACAUUUCUAUAUUGGCUAUAUGGGCAGAGCAUGGAUAGCAUUAAAUGAUCCUCCUGAACAAAAUCUUCAGUGGUCUCUUGUCACACACAUUGAUCUUCGUAUGCGACCCGAUGGUUUCAUCAAUACUCCACCUGUAGUGAAAUUUGUUUCGCCACAAUAUACUUUUGUCAAUAAAACAGUGAACAUCGAUAUUCCUGUUUCAGAUAUUAAUGCGGGUGAUGAUGUACGUUGUCGAUGGGCAACAUAUACAACUGGCUAUCGACGGCGAAGACGUCAUUCGCAUGAAGAAGAAAAUCGUAACAAUCACGAGUACACUGCUCACAGAUACCAAAUAAAAAAUCAUAACGAAGAAAUCAUGAGUAGUAGAAAAAAGAGAUGGAGUUGUGGAUGUGAGUACAACGAUCAUUGUAGUUCUGCUUCAUGCGCAGUGGCCUUUUGUCUUGGUGCGAAAUGUACAAGCACAUGUUGUGACAUCGUAGUCACACCUAGCACAACGACCACGGCUACCUUCUCUACGGCCAUGACAACUGAUGCCACAACUACUCAAGAAACUAUAGGAACACUAAGAUCGACGUCAUCAUUUCCUACUCGUCAAGCCAUUGAUGAAUGCUCAGAUAUUUGCUAUCCGGGAAAUCUACCUAAUGAUACGACUUUGUCCAACUGUACUGUCACAUUCACAGGUCCUACAGUUGGUGUCUGGUAUGCCAUUGCUAUUCAGGUUGAAGAUUUUCUUGAUUCAAUAAGUAUGACGCCUAUGAGUUCAAUUCCAGUUCAAAUCUUGAUCUAUGUUCAACCAGAUCCAAAGUGUUCAAGUGCACCUCUAAUUUUCCCACUGGAUUGUUGCCUAGAAGUACAAAUCGGUAUAUCAAUCAAUUUCAAUCUAUCCAUGAUGAAUUUAUGUAAUGAUACCGUGUCAAACAUAGCUGAUAUAGUCGUUUCAAAUGAUAUUACUGGUAUGGUUCGUGAUAAUCUAACCAACUCACCAAACGCGUCAAUCUCAUUUGUGAGAUUCGCUUGGACGCCACAGACAAAUCAAAUUGGAUAUCAGAAACUAUGUAUUAUUGCAUUUACAACCGAAAAUCUACAAUCCGAUCAAUAUUGUGUUACAUUUACUGUGAAAAAUUCAUCUGAUCUUUGUGUAACAACUACAACAGCCACCACUACUACAUCAGAAACAACCACAACAACGUCCAGAACAACUGUGAUUCCUGUUCAACAAAGUCGUCAACAAAGAACGAAUAUAGAAAAUAUUAGCGAACCAUUUUUUGAGCGAGUACCUAUGAGUGAUGCGCUAAAAACAAUGAUGGCUUCUCGGCAAAGAUUCAAGUCAGAUAUACCAAACAAAGAGUAUUUUAUGAACAGGCUGAUGCAGUCUGAUGGCAAUUCGAGCAAUCUACCACUAUCCGACUUGCACUUGAGCAUUACGAAUUCAAAUUUUUCUGAAACAUUAACUUCGAUGAGAAAUUCAGAAGAGCAUCGAACUUCGUCUACAAUUCCUACUCAAAAGUUUCGGCGUAUUAGCAUCGAACAGUUAAAUAAGAAUGAAAAUUUGAAUGAAAUUACUGAUAAUGCUGAUUGUGAAUCAGUAAAUGAUGUCGACUAUGAUGACAAUACUCAACAUGUUCAACGUCCAAAAGUAACAAUUAGUCGAAUGCCGAGCUGGAAUAAAUCAAGUCAGAACAGUUCUAUCACACGUCAACAAGAAGGAUCUCUCAGUGCAUCGUCGAUUGAAUCAUCAAAAAGUGAUCCAAUCAAGGCCACUAAAGUAUCACGAUAUCCAUCAGCUUUAAGUCAACCAAUUCGAACAUUAAGUGUUGAAAAUAUCAGUAUUAAUAGUUUCGAUAGAAUAUCCAUGGAAUUAGAACAACCUAUGAGACUUCGUUCAAAUGAUAGUUCUCUCGAUACAAAUAGCGAAGUACAAAAAAGCAACGGUGUAACCAUUACGAAGCUUCCACAAAAGUCUAAUACUUUCGAAUAUAGUCCUUCAUAA